AUGAGCGAGCCAACGCAUGAGGCUCAUGAGGUGUUCAAGAGAAAUGCGGCCAGAGUCCCUUUUCUGGACUUUGCUCCGGACUUCAUCGACCCCAUCCUGAGCGGUGACAAGAAGGCGACAACUAGAUGCCCCGGGCCCAAGGACACGGAUCAUACCAGUGAUUUGGAGGCCGUUCAGUCCCAAGGCUGGGCCCUGGCCACCUGUGGAUCAACUCGGGGUUUCGGGCUUCUGUGCAUCAACCAGGUGGAGCAACGAAGUGUAACUGCAAUCGAUGAUGCUCUUGCAAAGGAGGAAGGCCUUGAGACGGGGGAAGAGCUGCAACGUGUUUUGCGCCGUUUCUACCCCGACCUCACUGAUGAUGAUACGGUUACAGUGCUUCACUUCAACUUGAUGAAAGCGAUUCGAGAGCCGUAG